AUGUUGGGUUUGUUACAGACAGUUUCAUGUUCAGCAGAAGUCAAACCAUCUGUUGUAGUGACACCUAGUGGUAGUAAUAUAAGUAAACAGCUACCACUUACUCCAAAAGUCAUCACUCAUACUCCUGGCAGUCACUCAUUGAACAACAUGCCUGCUAUUAAUGCUAAUGGAUUCGAUCCUUUCUUCCAAGAAUACAGCCUAAUGGCUGAAUAUAAUCAAUUACAGAAUCAGAAGAUACCUGGUGUUUAUACUAUACCUUCUGCCUUGUCACCUUUUGUUUGGAAUGGGUUUAUAUUUGUAAGAGAAGGUUUAUAUUCAGAAGGUGUAUUUAGAUUUACUAUGAAUAUACCAGAAACCUAUCCUGACAGUGACUGUCCACAAUUAAUGUUUGAUUUUCCAAUAUUCCAUCCCAUAAUACAUCCAGUAACUGGUGAUUUAGAUGUUAAACGAGGUUUUCCUAAAUGGAGACGUAAUGUAAAUCAUCUAUGGCAAGUAUUAAUGUAUGUAAGGAGAAUAUUUUAUAAAAUAGAUACAACCAAUCCCUGGAAUAAAGAGGCAGCUACAUUAUAUGAACAAGAUAUGGAUUUAUUUAAAGAGAGAGUAGCAGAAUCAGUGAUGUUUUCACAAGACAACAUCAAAAAAUUACCCAAAACUGACGACCCAUAUGCACUUAGAUUGGCCCCAUUAGAUGAUGAAACAUUUCAAGAAGCCAAAAAACAAAUGUUAAAUUUAGGGAGAAGUUCAAGUGAAGAGUCAAAUCGUCCUAAUGGUUUAUCAUGGAUGCAUCCUGGUUCUUCCCAGAUAUUUUCACGAGAAGAUUCGGCAUCAGCAUAA